GCAGUGGGGUGAGUGCUGCCUGCUCCCCCCUGCUGAUGGAUGCUGCAGCCAGCAGCCCCCUUGGCUGGCUCUGUGCACGUGUCACCAGGCUUUUUGGGGUCACCAUGGCCCAGAGGAGCCCGCUGGACAAAGCAAAGGUGCUGCUCUGCAGCCUCCUGCCUGCCUUGCUGUGUGUGGCCACGCUGGGGGCUGGCCAGGGGCUGGGGGUGUUUGUGGCCAUGUGCCUGCUCUGCUCCGUGUGCCUGGGGGACAGGGACCUGCUGCCCGUGGGGGACAGAGCCGUGCUCAUCACAGGAAGUGACACUGGGAUUGGACAUGCUCUGGCUAAACACCUGGACAGCUUGGGUUUUGUUGUGUUUGCUGGGGUUUUGAACAAGGAUGGCCCUGGAGCUGCGGAGCUGCGGCGCUCCUGUUCCCAGAGACUCUCUGUCCUGCAGCUGGAUAUCACCAACACCACUCAGGUCAAGGAGGCCUACCUGACAGUCUCAGAGAAGGUGCAAAAUGCAGGGCUCUGGGGCGUCGUGAACAACGCAGGAAUCCUGGGCUUCCCUGCUGAUGGGGAGCUGCUCCCCAUGAGCACCUACAGGCACUGCAUGGAGGUGAAUUUCUUUGGGGCUGUGGAGGUGUCCAAGACCUUCUUGCCAUUGCUGCGGAAAUCGCAGGGGAGGCUGGUGAACAUGUCCAGCAUGGCAGGAGGCAUUCCACUACCAAGGUAUGCAGCGUACGGGGCAUCCAAAGCAGCUCUGUCCAUGUUUUCUGGAGUAAUGAGGCAAGAGCUUUCCAAAUGGGGCAUUAAAGUCAUGGCAAUUCAUCCAUCAGGUUUCAGAACAGGUAUUGAAGGCACGGCAGAGCAGUGGGACAGACAGGAGAAGGAGCUGAUGGAGAACCUCCCCGCAGACACCAGGCAGGCCUAUGGGGAGGAAUAUCUCCUGGGGCUGAGGAAUUACCUGCUCCACCUGCCCUCCCACUGUGCCCCUGACCUGUCCCCAGUGCUGGGCUCUGUCCUGCAUGCUCUGCUGGCCAGGAGACCCCAGGGCCUCUACACCCCUGGCAAGGGGGCCUACGUCCCCCUCUGCAUCUUCUGCUGCUUCCCCCUCUGGUUCUACGACUUCUUCAUCAGCAAGGUGCUGAGUGCUGGCUCUGUCCCAAGGCAGCUGAGAGCAUCAGGAAAUGAAGGCAAGAACCUCUGAGGUGCCCACUGGUGUUUAUCUCACUGGAUGAGGUAGCUGGGAAGAGCUCUGGACAGACACUGCUGCUUAUUGUGCUCUCUUUGUUAAGUUGCAUUAACAUUAAAUCUUUGUGUUGAGAGUCAUGUUUGGGAAAAGCUGUGGAUAAGCAUAAAUAGAAAGCUAUUCCCAGAUGGGGCAUUUUUUAAGGAAUUUCAGUGUUUUCUUGUUGUCUUUGUGUCCUGCUUUCUGUGUAAGGUACCUCAUGAAAUAAUUCCUGUCUGCUUCU